AUGGCGACCCUGAAGCCCAGCGUGGGGGAUCUCGAGCGGUAUCUGAAGACCCUCAAGGGUAAACCAUUGGAAGCGUCAAUCGACAGUCUGAUCUCCCUCUUGAAGAGAAGACAGAUCCAGGGCUCCGAGCUCUGCGCCGUCGCGACCGCACACAUUCUCCUUCAGGUCGUCGCCAAGGCAAAAUGGACCGACGCCGACACCCUGUUGGAAAAAGUUCAGCAGAUUGGCCUGCGUCUCAUCGCUGCUCAGCCCAAGGAAUUAGUGGUUGGCAACAUCGUUAGACGCGUGUUGGGCCUGAUCCGGGAUGAGGCUGCGGAAGACCGAAACGAGGACAUCAGCGAGACCGCCACAGAGGCAGGAUUGACACCGACGGCAGCAGUGCCAGACCCCUCGAAGCUGGAGCAUCAAUGGCCCCCCUCUACCUACACCAAACAGGAUGCUGGCGCAGACUACAUAUCAAGCGGCCCGAGACCAGUUCGCCCUGGCGCCCUCACCUCCGCAAGCUCCUUCCAUGUUUCAAAGUCCCUAUUCUCUCUCCUCGAGGCCUCUCCCCCGAUGGACGCUAGCGGCAUCAUGGCGGGCUCGCCCUUUGGCAAGGACUCGGGUGCAUCAACUCCCCUCCGUGGACAGUCGACAAGAACACACGCUUUGAGAUCAGAGGUUAUUGAGGGUAUCGAGGAGCUCAAGGACGAAAUCGGCCAGGUCGACGACCAGAUCGCUGCGGCUGCAGACGUCCAGAUUCACCCCGGUGACUAUGUGCUUGUACACCAGCCCUCGGCCACAGUCCAAAAAUUCAUCUUGCGCGCCGCGACAAGAAGGAAGUUCACCGUCUUUAUUGCCGUCGGAAGUGCCUGCAGACCGGCCGGCGAGACGCCCUAUGCGUCGUUUAGGAAGAAGCUAAGCGCAGCAGGCAUCAGUGCCAUCAGCAUCUUGAAUGGCGGCCUGAUGGCCUAUAUGCCACGUAUCAACAAGGUCAUCUUGAGCGCAAGGGCUGUACUGGCCAACGGCGGCAUUCUGACAGAUGCGGGAGCCGGAGUUAUUGCGCGCGCAGCCAAGGAGCAGGGCAACCCGGUCAUCAUUCUCAGUGGUGUUUACAAGCUCUGCCCAGAGAGCUACUUUGACGAAGAGAGUCUUGUCGAAUGGGGUAGCUCCAUGGGCCACGUGGACUUUGCAGACGGGGCCAUGGUCAACGGUGUCGACGUUCGGAGUGCUGUUAGCGAGUUUGUGCCUCCCGAACUGCUCGACACCUACAUCACGAACCUCGGUGCGCACUCUCGCAAUCACCUUUCGACCAUCAUCGCAGACCACUAUAAACCGGAAGACGUUGAUUUCCACCUCUGGAGCACUGAGGCUGAGCGAUGA